AUGGCAGGAGGGAACCAGACGGCCAUCUCUGAGUUCCUCCUCUGGGGACUCUCAGAGCAGCCAGAGAAGCAGCACAUCCUCUUCCCUCUGUUCCUGUGGAUGUAUGUGCUCACUGUGGCUGGGAACCUACUUGUUGUCUUAGCCAUUGGCACUGACACACGUCUCCACAUGCCCAUGUACUUCUUCCUUGCAAUCCUUUCCUGUGCAGACAUCCUUUUCACUUCCACCACUGUGCCCAAGGCCCUGGUGAACAUUCAGUCUCACAGCAGAUCCAUUUCCUAUGCAGGAUGCCUGGCUCAGCUCUACUUCUUCUUGACAUUUGGGGAUAUGGACAUCUUUCUUCUGGCUACAAUGGCAUAUGACCGCUACAUAGCCAUCUGCCACCCUCUCCACUACAUGAUGAUCAUGAACCGCCAGCGCUGCAUUCUCCUGGUUACUGUCUGCUGGACCCUUACGAGUCUUGUUGCCAUGACCCACACAUUCCUCAUAUUCCGGCUCUCCUUCUGCUCUAAGAAGAUCGUUCCUGACUUCUUCUGUGAUCUGGGACCCCUGAUGAAGGUGUCCUGCUCAGACACUCAAGUCAAUCAGCUCGUGCUCCUUUUCUUGGGGGGAGCAGUCAUUUUAAUUCCCUUUAUGCUCAUCCUGGUCUCUUACAUCCACAUCUUCUUAGCUAUCCUGAGGGUCCCUUCUGCCCAGGGAAGGUACAAGGCCUUCUCUACAUGUGGGUCCCACCUUGUUGUUGUUGCUCUGUUUUUUGGGACGGUAAUCAGGGCUUAUCUGUGCCCCUCAUCAUCAUCCUCCAACUCAGUACAAGAGGACACAGCUGCUGCUGUCAUGUACACAGUAGUGACUCCCCUCCUGAACCCCUUCAUUUAUAGCCUGAGGAACAAAGACAUGAAAGAAGCCUUGGGAAGACUUCUCAGGGGCAAAGUCUCCUUCUUGUGGGGCUAG